GGACAUUUUCACUCGCAUCAUGCGAAGACAAUAUAUAACAAUGAAAGACAGCAGAAUUGCAGGAGGCAAUGACAAACUGUCCCAAUUAAAUCUACAGCUAAAAUUAUCAGCGUCAUGUUCUUCCGCCUAGAGGAAACAAUGAAUUUCUCUGCUCACACUCCAGAGUAUAACUAUUCCCCACUAGACUUCUUUAUAAAGGCCAAUCAGUCCAUGUCAAUAUUUGGAAAUGACAGCAAAGAGUUUGAUGUGGAAGAGUUGAAGAAAAUGCUGUUCCUCUUUGUUAAAGAGCCUGUAACCAUCAGCCUUACUGCCAUGUACAUCCUGUCCUUUGUGGUGGGCAUUAUCGGAAAUAUAAUGUCUAUUAAAGUGCUGACUAGGAAAAGAACUGGAAGGACAUCCAGUCUGAGUGCCACCAGAAGUCUUCUGAUUAAUCUGGCGAUUUGUGACCUUAUGGUGGUUUGCAUUUGCAUGCCUAUUACAGUUGGGAACUUGAUCUACAAAGCCUGGGUAUAUGGUGACUUCCUCUGUAGGGCAGUACCCUUCAUCCAAGCAGUAUCUGUUUCAGCCAGUGUACUUAGUCUCACGGUUAUAAGUGUAAACAGGUAUUAUAAUGUACACAACCCAUUGAACGCCAGAUCAUUUUUUACCCAAAGGAAAAUAUAUGGCACUAUUGGUGUGGUGUGGAUAGUGUCCUCCAGUAUCUGCUUGCCUCUCAUAUUCAUGAAUAAAAAGGAAGAUAUAGAGAUAGAUCCGUCUUUGCCUUCUUUAGUGUUCCCGAUCUGUAGGGAGAUCUGGCCACAUGUUAUGUUUAAACAAGCCUACAACUUCCUUUUGUUCUGCUGCUUGUACUGCUUACCUGUUCUUUUCAACCUGGUCAUUUGUUUCUUCACCAUACGUAAACUGUGGAGUUCUUCUGGAAAUUUUAAGGACUGUGACUCUAGGAACCAGUCUUUGCCAGUUUCCCGGCUUAAGAUCAGGAAGAAGAUUGCAAAAAUGGUGGUGUCAUUGGUGUCACUUUUUGCCAUUUCAUGGCUUCCUGUUUACAUGAUGGACAUAUGGAUUGAUUUCAGCAUCCCCAAACCAACUCAAGAUGAUACUCCAUCACCAUGGAUCCUCCAGCUGAGACCUUUUGCUCAGUGGCUUGGUCUCACCAACUCCAGCCUCAAUCCAAUUUGUUAUUGUUUUGUGGGAGACCUUUAUCGGUCAGCCAAACAAAUGAAAAGCAUGUACCACAACAGGAUGGUUUCACUGUUUAGCUUCUCCUUUUCUGAUGGAUCUCCAACAUCAAUACCUAAGAUUCUGUCUUACAGGAACUCCUUACAUUCCACUAAGAGGUCCAAACUGAACUGCCCAUUGUCAAUGGGGGAGAACUGUGAAAGCUGCUAUCCUGUGAUCAGUGUGUGUGAAGCACCUGCUCUGACCAGCCACCCAUUGUCCUAGAAGCUAAAAUGA